CACGUCAUAUGUUUGAGAACUCAUUUUAUUGACGUUGUUGACUCUUACUUGUCUUGACCAAUGAGUGACUGCCACGUCAGUCAGAUGGAGCCAUAAAUGUGUGGUUAUCUUGCUGGUUUUUAGAAACAGGCAAACGAAGUGGGGUUUUGAGAUGGGAGUAGAGGAGAAUUUGGCUUAUGGAAUAAAGUUUGUGUUUGAGAGACAAAUAUUGGGUAUUAAGGAAAAUGGGAUCAAGGAAGAAUAUCAAUUGGCUGAUGAAGGUGUUAUUCAGGCACAAUUGGCUGGAGAAUUGUUCCUUAAGGAGUUUUGUUGGGAAUAUUAUUUGCAAGGAAGAAUAGUGCAGGCAUUAGCAUUAUGCAUGUUAGGCAGAAAUAUCACUCAAGAAUUAUGCAAGAAUGGAAUGCAUGAGAAUAUGGAUGGGAUUCUGAAUUUGAUAUGUGGCCUCGCUUUGUUGGAAGCAUUUGUGGAUGAUAUAGAGAACAAAAGCCAAAGAUUUCUAGGAUGCUGCUGCAGAGAUAAUUGACGCAUGAGAGAGUUUGAGGAGAGAAUCGGAGAAGCCAAAAUAAAAGUUGCUGGAUAUAGUUACAGAGGAUGGUUUGACAAAAGGUUUUGAAUAAAAAAGGAAAAAGCAGAGUAAAAGACUCAACCAUUUGGCAAUGAGAGUGGAGCCUCUGUGAAGGGAGCUGGCACUUGGCAGCAUACAAGGGCAUAUCAUUUUAUGUUUGGCAUCAAACUUCUUAUUUUAUGCUUUUCUGAAUUCAUUUUGCCAGUGAUAUUAAGGUUGGCAGUACAAAUAAGGAGACAGCUACAAUUUGUAAGGGCUUGAAAGAAUUCUUAUCCCAUAGUAAUUGGCGUUCUUAAUCUACUGUUGUUGAUUUUCCCCUCCCUUGGCAAAUUUAAGAAUCUGGCUAACUGUAUAGUCUGUGCAGGAAUUGAAAGAGAGCAACAUACCACUUUAAAGUGUUCGCAUCUGCUACUCGCCAUUUGCAAGAACAAGUCACACUGCCAAAAUUGGUGCAUCUGUUUUGAAUCUCCCAUUUUAAGGCUCUCAAUGUAAAGUGAGUUAUCUAAAUCAUACAACAUUCAUUUUUUUAGGGCAUCUGCUGCACCUGUAGUGCUUGAAAAGUUGCCUUCUCCUUAAUGUAAAGUGAGUUAUCUAAAAACUGUGGUUGCAAGUAUGAGUUAAGGUCAA